AUGAUUAAUCGAGACACUGGAUUCUAAGAUUUAGAAAGUGGAAUUCAGAGCAAUAAUAUCUCAUCAGGAUAAUUGUUUGAUAUCGAUUAAGCUAGUCCUAUUGGUGGUUAAUAAUUAGAUCCAACACUUGAAUUUUCUUAAUUGUAAUAGCUUGAAGCUGUAAGGAUGAAGAGAGAUAUAUUUGAUAACAGUCAUAAGAAUGCUAUACAUUUAGGUCAUAAGGCUGACGUGAAUGAAGAAGACUGUCUAAUGAGUAAUUUAAGGUAUUUAGAUUUGAUAUUAAAGUGGUAAAAGGAGUGAGCCUUAAGGUUCUAUUAGUUCAAUUAGUUGUAAUUUAAAAAACUAAAAGCCUUUAUUAAGAAAGACUACAAUAAAUAAAUCUAACAAAACAAUUUAAAAUAAAUAAAAACUGGAUUAAGAUGACUUCGUUAUAUCAUCCCCACUUUAGAUUAAUGGAACAAUGAAUUUGGGAUUGAAAUCUGAUGCUAAGAUUGCAAAAUAUUAAACAUUUGUAUAAUAAUUAGAAGAUGAACAGGAGUAAAACGAAAGAACAAAGCGAGCAUAAAUAAAUAGAGAUACUAUAAAAUAGUAAUCAUUAAUAUAGAGAGGGAAAAGCAAAGAGAUGAAGACUGGGUAUUGAUGUAAUUAUAGAUUUUAGUUUAAAUGAAGUAUGGACAUAAAAGGCAUUAAUAAUUAUAAGAUUAGUUUCUCGUUUUAUUUAAUAAUUAAAGACUAAGACAGAGAGAAUAAAAUUUAGAUUAAUUACUUAAAGAAUUUUUGAAGUAAUUUGUGAUAAUAGUGCAAAUUUCGAAUAUAUGUUAAUAAAUAGAUUAAUUAAAUAAAAGCCUAGUAUUAGUUUAAUAAUUUUUUAUUAAAUUUAAAAUAAAGCUCUUAAAUUAUUGAAUUGGAUAGAAUCAAUUAAUGCAUUCUUUGGAAAAUAUGUGAAAGUAAUAAAACCUGAUAGUUUAUUUAAAAUAGUUUGGGAUAUUAUAUUAUUGUUAUUUAUUGUAGUGAAUAUAUUUUACAUACCUAUUUAUAUAAGUUUUGAUGUGAGAUCAUAAGGAGUAUUUGAAUGGAUAUUUGAUUUAUUGCCAUCAUGGGUAUUUAUAGCAGAAAUAUUGUUGAAUUUCAAUACUGCCUAUUAUGAUAAAGGAUUGAUGCAUGAAGAUCGUAAAUAAAUAAUGAAACAUUAUGUAAAAGGAAACUUUUUCUGGGACAUAAUAGUCAUAAUUCCCUUUUUAAUUUCAUAUAUGGAUAUUCCAUUUGUUAGAUAUACAUUAUUAUUAAGAUUAACCAGAUUGUCUCCAUUGAUGACAAGUAUUGAAGAAGUAUUAAAUUUGGAAGUAAUAUAUUAAAAUUUAAGAAUUAGGAUAAUAUGUAAGUAUUUUUGGAUUUGUUAAAAUUAAUAUUCUUUCUAUUGCUCACAGGACAUUUUUGUGGUUGUGCAUGGCAUUGGGUAGCAGUGAUAGAAUAUGAAAAUUAUGGUGAAGAAUUAACUUGGUUAACUAAAUAUGCACCAGAUGCAAUGGAUUAUUAUUGGUUUGAUAGAUACAUAAUUUCUUUGUAUUGGAGUGUUAUUACUACAGUUACAGUUGGAUAUGGUGACAUAGUUCCAGUAACAACAGUAGAGAGAGUAUUUGUGAUAGUUGUUACUUUAUUGAUUUGUGGUGUUUUUGGUUAUUGUUUAUCCAAUAUUGGAAAUAUUUUUAAAUAGAUAUCUGAUAAAAAGGCUGUUUAUAAAUAGAGAAUAAGGGAAAUUAAUUAACAUAUAAGAAAGAGAGGUUUAAGUUACAAUUUACAAUUAAAAGUAUUCAGGUUGAUUCAAUUUAGGUUAAAAAAUAUUUCGAAUAUUUCUUCAAGGUUAAGUAAGAGGAGGAUUAACAUGCCGAAUAAUUCAUUGAAUAAUUAACAAAACAUUUAAGAGAAGAAGUUUUAGUUGAUAUUUAUAGUAAAACAUUGACUUAAUCACGUUUCUUAAGAGAGAACUUUAGUGAUGAAACUAUCCAUAGAUUGUGUCAGAUAGUUAAAGAAACCAAAUUGUAUCCAGAAUAAUUACUAUUCUAGAGAAAUGAUUCUCCUAAGGCACUUUGGUUUGUUCUAUCUGGCGCUGUUGAAUAUAUUGCUGACCAUUAAAGUAAAAAUGUCAACUAAUGCUUUUAGAUGAGGAUGAGCAUUUUUACACCGAAACCUUUUUGAAAAAAAUAACAUAAGGGUAAUAAUUAAUAAUCAACAUCAUUUUAUAGAGCUGUUAUUGGUGAAAGAGAAUUCAUUUCACAAACACCUUAUGAAUACAAUGCCAGAGCAACAAAAUUUACAUAAUUAUUAGUUAUAGAGUAUUAUUUUAUAUUCAUUUUAAAUUAGUUAUUAGUAAUUCUAUCUAAUACUAUAAGAGAAUAGUGAAGAAUUUGAGAAAUAUAGUAUGGCUAAAGAUAAUCUAAUAUUUAAUAGCAAUUACAAAGGUUUUGGAUAAAUUUGUGAAAUAUGUGGAUGGACUCAUCGAUUUAUUUAGUAAGUCUACAUUGUAGAUAUUUAUAGAUGUCCAUUUGUAUUUUUAUAACCAAACAAAAAUAAAAUUGCUAGUUCUUUUGCUUCAACUAAAACUAAUAAAAGAUUGAUAUUUCCUUAUAGAACAUUACCUAAAUCUAAUUGGAAAAAUAAUCUACCUGAUGUCUAAGAAGCAGCAUUAGGUUAUAUAGUUUUAAAUAAUAUAAUACCAGAAAAGUAAAAUUAAUAUAUAUUCAAGAGAAAUAAAUGAUGCUUAUCUGAUUAAUCUAGGAUUUGAGUUAAAUGAUAGAGAUGAUGAUCCAUAGAAAUUAAUUCCAAAUAAAAAGAAUUCCUUGUUUAAAGAUUAAAAAAUAUUGUCCUAAUUUGAUAACAAUCUAUAAUAAUAACCAGUUCAAUAACCUUCAAUCUAGACUGUAUUACCUGCUGAUCUAAAGUCUUAAAAUUAAACAGCAAUCUUUCUAAAAGAUGGUUAAAGACCUAGUAUGACAAAUGUAAGAAUAUUUGUUUAAUGGAUUAUUAGGAAAGUGUCAUAGAUUGGGAUUAAGGCAGUCAAUUUAGAAAAAGUCUUAAUAGAAUUAAACUUUAAGGAUUAGAUAGAGGCAAGACUAUCUAAUCUAUAAAAGGGAAAUAUCAUUAAAAUAACAAUGAUGUAUUGGAUGAGUCAUUAAUUUAAGAGGAAGUUAAAAUACAAAAUGCAAAUUUUGGAUCAUAAAAUUAUAUACAUAAUAAACUAAAAGUAGUCAAAAACAAACUUAAUAACAAUUCAAACAAUAUGGGAAUUAGAAAAGUAUCAUGGUUAGAAUUCGAUAGUGGAACAAACCAACAUCUAGGUUUUAUUUUUUAUUAAAAUAAUAUAGAUAAUAAACCAAUCAAUUUAUUAAAGCAAGCUAGUAAGGGAAGUGAAACUAAUUUCGAUCAAUCACCUCCCUCUUGUUCAUAAGAAAUAGAAAUCAAAUAAAGAAUAGAGGCAAGAGAAAAUAGUAUUAUUUCAAAAAAAACAAGCAAGUAAAAUAGAAUUUAAUUUUUAAAGUAUUGAAGUCAAUCGUAGAAAAAAAAGAAGAAGAACUACAUAAUUAUUAUAAUUUUUUUAAGGAUCAGAAAUGGAUAAUAAAUCAAAUAAGAAAGUUGAAAAAAGUGUUCCAAAUAAUGAAGCAUAUAGUUCUAGUGUAUAUACAGCAGGAGUACCUAGUAAUUCAGCCUUGGUUGAUUCGAAUAAUAAAUUUGAUAAUAAUGGGGAUAAUAAUAGUUUAUAAGUAGGUCAAUCAAUGGAUGGAAUGUAAAAGAGAAUACAAGAUAUUGUUCGAGUUCAUUUUGAAAUGGAUAUGGACAAUGCUAAAUCAUCAAAAAUAUAUUUUCCUGAUUUCAAUCUUGAAGUUGUCAUACAAAGGAUUAAUGUAUAUUAUGAAAAAUUAAACGAAAAAAAAGAGGAAUUUGAUAUGAGAGAAAUGAAAAGAACAAAAACCAAUUUCACUCUUUUUGAUCGUAUUAGAUAAGCUAAAAACACUACUAUUAGAGGAAGCUUUGUAGAUAAGGAUAAAUCUCUAUAAGAUAAUGAUUGA